AUUGAAACAAUGGACGACCUUUUUCAGGAAUGGCUGUAAAGCAAGGAAGUUGCAGCUCUCUGCAAGACAGGAAGUGCUUGUGCACCGAUGGAUUGCAAUAUCUGAGUGAGUUCAGGGAGAAGGAGAUUCAGUGUGACGUGGUUUUGAAGCUGGAAGAUGGCGGAUCCUUUCCUGUCCACAGUGUGAUCCUCUCGAAGUUCAGCAAAUAUUUCAGCGAACUCUUCACCGAGAAACUGCGCGCCCACGAGCAGAACGACUUUCUCGUGGAAGGAGUCAGCUCGGACAUGAUGGCCCAGAUACAGGAUUAUAUGUACACAAAGAAGAUGGACGUUAAUCACGGAAACGUCGGUCAGCUGCUCGAAACGUCCGACUACUUGUACGUGGAAGACAUUAUUGAGCUCUGCUGUCAGUUCCACAAGGACAGGAUGGACCUUGAUAAUUGCUUCGGAAUCCUACGUCUCGCAAGGUAAUUGAUGUUCAUUGGUCACUU